UUUCUCCAGUUCAGUUCGGGAGCCGGUGCAACGUUUAUGUGUGUCCGUAAAUACCGUUGCAACGCCGGCUUUUUAAUCCAUCCUGAAAAGUGCAAUUCCCUAUUGAACUGUCUUUGUUGAUUCUUGGUUACGUCAAGUCCACAUGUGUCAAAACAGCUGUUACAUAUGCUGAAAUUGUUUGUUUUUCUCAGUUAAAUCGUGUUUUGUAGGCAUUGUUAAGUCAGAAUUUUUAUAGUAAAUACAAAUUAUUUCAGUUUAUUGUGUGUGAAGGUGUAUCAAUUUGGACACAAGAAUUAAGUUUCUGUGAUUUUUUCUGCUGCUGCAGUUUUACAUAACCUGAGCGAGAUGACCAGCGAGGAGGUGACGUCAUGGUCACUACCCCCAGCCUCGGGGCUGUACGACCCUUCUGCAGAGAGGGAGGCGUGCGGUGUCGGCUUCAUAGUCGCCAUCGAUGGAGCCAGAUCUCACAAGAUUGUAAGGGAUGCUGAGAGGCUGGCCAUGCGCAUGAACCAUCGCGGCGCCUGCGCCUGUGACAACGACACUGGUGAUGGCGCGGGUGUACUGACCGCCAUCCCUCACAACUAUUACGCCCGUGAGCUCAGAGAACAACAAGGCGUGGAACUGCCUCCGUUUGGCCAAUACGCGACAGGUAUCAUCUACCUUGACAAGAUUCACCACAACGAUUGCGAAGCUCAAUUCUCCAAGAUUGCAGAAGAAUGCAAACUCAAGGUGUUAUCCUGGAGGACUGUGCCCACAGACAACGCAGGCAUCGGAGAAGUAGCUCGUAGCAGUGAACCCUUCAUGAGACAGGUCUUCCUAGUGCCUACCACCAAGUUUGAAGAGGACGAUUUGAGGAAGCAGGUGUUUGUGCUACGUAAGCGAGCUACCCAUACAAUCCCCAAGCCAGGAGUAAGGUUCUACAUCUGCUCUUUGUCCAACAGAACUGUGGUAUACAAGGGACAGUUCACUUCAGAUCAGCUGUGGCGCUACUUCACUGAUCUCAAGUCGCCAGACUUUGACACCUACUUGGCCCUGGUUCACACCCGGUUCUCCACCAACACUUUCCCAAGCUGGGAGAGAGCACAUCCACUCAGGAUGUUGGCGCACAAUGGAGAGAUCAACACGUUACGAGGCAACGUGAACCUGAUGAAGGCCAGAGAGGGAGUAAUGCGUAGUCCGUACAUUGAGGACAUGCAGUCUCUAUACCCUGUUGUGGAACCUAACCUCUCAGACUCCGGCUCUCUAGACUGUGUGCUGGAGUUCAUCGUGAUGGCCGGCAAACGAGACCUACCUGAGGCUGUGAUGACCAUGGUACCCGAGGCAUGGCAGAACGACCAGACGAUGCCGGCGGAGAAGCGAGACUUCUACCACUGGGCGGCGUGCGCCAUGGAGCCUUGGGACGGGCCGGCGCUCCUCACAUUCACUGACGGCCGGUAUGUCGGCGCCAUCCUGGACCGCAACGGCCUACGACCCUCUCGCUUCUACGUGUGCAAGGACAACAUCAUGGUGAUGGCUUCAGAGGUCGGAGUCUAUGACACAGAGCCGGAGAACGUGUCCCUCAAGAGUCGCUUGAAGCCAGGCAGGAUGCUGCUGGUAGAUACCCAGGAGAAGAGGAUCAUCCAGGAUGUUGAGCUGAAGAUGCACAUUGCCAAGUGUCGUCCGCACUCCGAAUGGCUCAAAGAGGAGAUAACUAUGGAGGAGUUGCGAGCAGCAUCAUCCGUAGUCGUGCCUGAGUCACCGGUCGUUCCAGUGUCCAACGGAGAUUUGAAGGAUGAACUCACAGAGCACGACCUAACUCGUAUCUGGGGUGGCGAUAGACGACUCUCCCUGUUUGGUUACACCAUCGAGACCAUCAACAUGCUGCUGCUGCCGAUGAUACGCACCAAGAAAGAAGCCCUGGGGUCUAUGGGCAAUGAUGCGCCUCUGGCCUGUCUUUCACAGUUCCAGCCACUGCUCUAUGACUAUUUCAAGCAACUUUUUGCCCAGGUGACCAACCCCCCCAUAGAUCCGUUCCGUGAGAAGAUAGUGAUGUCACUGAUGUGUCCCAUUGGUCCAGAAGAUAACAUCCUACAGCCGAGUGCUAAGCAGUGCCAUCGUCUGAUGUUGCCUCACCCCAUUCUCUCUCUGACUGACCUUAAGGUGCUCAAGAAGAACACUCACCGUGGAUGGAAGACGAAAGAGAUCGAUGUGACUUUCGCCAAGGAGGAAGGUCCAGAAGGGUUGGAGAAGACGCUCAACAGAGUGUGCGACGAAGCCACCACAGCGGCUAAACAGGGCUACCAACUCAUCGUCUUGUCAGACAGAAAAGCCGGCGCUAACCGGGUGCCAGUGAGUAUGUUGCUUGCUCUAGGUGCCACGCAUCACCAUCUGAUCGAGGAGCGACAACGGAUGAAAGUCGGACUCAUCUUGGAGACUGGAGAAGCAAGAGAAGUGCACCACAUGUGUGUGCUGCUCGGUUACGGUGCAGAUGCCAUUUGCCCGUUCUUUGUGUUUGAAAUGGCCAAGUCACUUAGAGAAGAAGGCGUGUUGGAGCCUGCGCUCACUGAUGAAAUACUUUACAAGAACUACUCCGAGGCCAUGGAGAGAGGAAUCUCCAAGGUGAUGGCUAAGAUGGGAAUCUCCACUCUCCAGUCGUACAAGGGAGCACAAAUCUUUGAAGCAGUGGGGCUGUCGGAGGAAGUCAUCAACAAGUGCUUCAAGGGCACUCAGUCACGUAUUGGAGGAGCCACUUUCAACGUCCUGGCCAAGGAAGCGUACGAGAGGCACCAUCUGGCGUACAGUGACAAAGAUAUGCUGGUACUGAGGAACCCUGGACUCUAUCACUGGAGACAGGGCGGGGAGAAACAUGUCAACGACCCAGUCAGUCUGGCCAAUCUUCAGGAGGCCGCAGUCAACAAGAGUGGCAACGCUUAUGACAGAUUUAGGGAGUCAACACUGGCCAGUGUAAGGGACUGUACUAUCCGUGGUCAGCUGGAGUUUGUGCCCAGCGACAACCCUGUGGACAUCUCCGAGGUAGAGCCGGCCGCGGAGAUUGUCAAACGGUUUGCUACAGGAGCCAUGAGUUUUGGCAGUAUAUCUCUAGAAGCUCACCAGACUCUAGCCGUGGCAAUGAACCGUGUUGGAGGAAAGUCAAAUACUGGAGAAGGAGGAGAGAACCCAGACCGAUACCUCAACCAGGACCCAGAUUUCAACAGAAGGUCGGCCAUCAAGCAAGUUGCUUCAGGACGUUUUGGAGUGACUAUUUCCUACUUGGCUAACGCUGAUGACCUCCAGAUCAAGAUGGCACAGGGAGCCAAACCCGGAGAGGGAGGAGAACUUCCGGGCUACAAGGUGACAGAGGACAUAGCCAAGACCAGACACUCAGUGCCAGGUGUUGGUCUGAUUUCUCCUCCUCCCCACCACGACAUCUACUCCAUAGAGGAUCUGGCGGAACUCAUCUAUGACCUUAAGUGUGCUAACCCUGCCGCUCGCAUCUCCGUCAAGCUGGUGUCUGAGGUGGGCGUCGGUGUCGUCGCCUCCGGUGUUGCCAAGGGUAAGGCAGAACACAUAGUGAUCUCUGGCCAUGACGGAGGUACGGGGGCCAGUAGCUGGACUGGUAUCAAGGCCGCAGGGUUGCCGUGGGAGCUGGGCAUAGCAGAGACACAUCAGGUGUUGGUGCUGAACAACUUGCGCUCUAGGGUGGUGGUGCAGGCGGACGGCCAGAUUAGGACUGGUUUCGACGUGGUUGUGGCAGCGUUGCUGGGAGCUGAUGAGUUUGGGUUCAGCACUGCUCCGCUGAUUGUGAUGGGAUGUACGAUGAUGCGCAAGUGUCACCUCAAUACUUGUCCAGUCGGCAUUGCAACUCAGGAUCCGGAACUGCGCAAGAAGUUUGCUGGCAAGCCUGAACAUGUCGUCAACUACCUGUUCAUGUUGGCCGAAGAGAUUCGAGGCCACAUGGCGUCUCUGGGCAUCCGCAAGUUCCAGGACCUGAUUGGACGAACAGACCUGCUGAGAGUGUAUGAGAACUCAAACAACCCUAAAGCCAAGUUGCUAAACUUUGGCCUAAUCCUGAAGAACGCACUUCACAUGCGCCCUGGUGUCAAUAUAGUCGGUGGAUCAGAGAAACAGGACUUCCAACUAGAGAAACGUCUUGACAACCGGUUGAUAGAACUUGCUCAGCCAGUGAUUGAUGGUAAACAGAAGUCUGUCAAGGUGGAAAUGGAAAUUAACAAUGAGUGUCGUGCCUUCGCCUCCACACUCAGCUAUCACAUUGCUAGGAAGCACCUAGAUGAAGGACUGCCUGAGCACAGCAUCAAUGUCAGCCUAACAGGAUCAGCUGGUCAGAGCUUCUGUGCCUUCUUGUCUAAGGGAGUUCACGUCACCCUGGAGGGAGACGCUAACGACUACGUCGGCAAGGGUCUAUCUGGAGGUGAGAUUGUGAUUUUCCCUCCAAAAGCGUCAACAUUCGACUCUGUAAUGAAUGUGAUUGUGGGCAACGUUUGUCUCUACGGAGCGACGUCAGGAAAAGCGUUCUUCCGAGGGAUUGCUGCUGAACGGUUCUGCGUGCGAAACUCUGGCGCUGUUGCUGUAGUUGAGGGAGUCGGAGAUCAUGGAUGUGAAUACAUGACUGGAGGAGUUGCUGUUAUCCUAGGAUUGACAGGACGUAACUUUGCUGCCGGCAUGUCCGGAGGUCUUGCUUAUGUGUACGACUUGGAUGGCUCUUUCAAAAUAAAAUGCAACCCAGAGAUGGUUGAGUUGCUUCCUUUGGAGCUUGAUGAUGACUUAAAGUACGUCAAGAGUCUGCUGGUAGAGUUCCAAGAGAAAACUGGAUCAGAGAUCGCCAAACAGAUGAUUGCAACGUGGCCUGAGCCUGCUAAGAAAUUUGUCAAGGUGUUCCCGUAUGAGUAUCAGCGAGCCCUGAAGCAGAUGGCGGAGACUGCUCAGACCAAGGAAGUGGACUCCAAGGCAGCACCAGCAGCCAACGCAGCAGUCAAGGACAUCGAGGAAGUCAUCAAUGACUCGGCCGUCGAGAAGAAGCGACUUGAGAAGGUCCUCGAUAAGACAAGAGGCUUCAUGAAGUACCAGCGUGAAACGGCGCCAUACCGUCCGGUAGAGAAACGUCUGAAGGACUGGGACGAGAUCUACAACUUCCAGCACGUGCGCAAGGGGUUGCGAGUGCAGGCCGCGCGGUGUAUGGAGUGUGGCGUGCCGUUCUGUCAGAGCAGCCACGGUUGUCCACUGGGCAACAUCAUACCUAAGUGGAACGAUCUCAUCUUCAACAACAACUGGAAUGAGGCGCUCAAACAGUUAAUGCAGACCAACAACUUCCCCGAGUUCACCGGUCGAGUGUGCCCGGCGCCCUGCGAGGGAGCUUGUGUGUUGGGUAUAAAUGAGCCACCAGUGACAAUCAAGAACAUCGAGUGCGCCAUCAUCGACCAUGCGUUUGAGCAAGGCUGGGUCAAGCCUGAGCCGCCAACUACUCGCACCGGGUUCAAAGUGGCUAUUGUUGGGUCAGGACCAGCUGGCAUGGCGUGCGCUCAUCAGCUGAACAAGGCUGGACACUUGGUGACUGUGUAUGAGCGUAAUGAUCGCAUUGGUGGGCUGCUGCAGUACGGCAUCCCUACCAUGAAACUGUCCAAGGAAGUUGUCCAACGUAGGGUCCGGCUACUGGCUGACGAAGGGAUUGAGUUCAAGACAAACAUCAAUGUCGGAAAAGAUAUCAGUGCCAAGGAACUGUACGAAGAGUUUGACGCGGUUGUUCUGUGCACCGGAGCGACGUGGCCGAGAGAUCUGCCCAUCCCCGGGCGACAGCUGGAAGGUAUCCACUUUGCUAUGAGCUUCCUGGAGACCUGGCAGAAGAAGCAGAUGGGAGACACAAACAUCAACCCUCUGUUGGCCAAGGACAAGGAUGUGAUAGUGAUCGGAGGAGGAGACACGGGAUGUGACUGUAUAGCUACAUCUCUGAGACAGGGCGCCAAGAGCAUCACAACGUUUGAGAUCCUCCCAGAACCUCCGGUGUCCCGUGGACGAGACAACCCGUGGCCUCAGUACCCACGGGUGUUCAAGGUGGACUACGGCCAUGAUGAGGUCAAACUCAAGUUCGGCAACGAUCCUCGUCAGUUCAGCACCCUGAGCAAGGAAUUCCUUGACGAUGGCAAGGGCCAUGUUGCUGGUAUCCGGACUGUCAAAGUUAGCUGGACUAAGGAUGACACCGGCCGUUGGAAGAUGGAUGAAGUUCCUGACACUGAAAAGGUUUACAAGGCAGACUUGGUCCUGCUUGCCAUGGGCUUCCUGGGUCCUGAACGAUACAUCGCCAAUGAUCUGGACCUCAACCUAGACCCUCGCUCUAACUACGAGACACCCUCCAGCAAGUACACCACUUCUGUGCCAAAGGUCUUCGCAGCUGGAGACUGUAGGCGAGGCCAAUCCCUGGUAGUGUGGGCCAUAGCAGAGGGACGUCAGGCUGCUAGAGAAGUAGACGCUUUCCUGUUGGGCUCCACUACACUGCCUGGACCUGGCGGAGUCAUCACCACACUUGUCAGCCAGAAGGGCUAAGUUCGAGUUGAUCGACCUGGACUCUUCUAUCAAAGACACAAUCCGAGCGCAGAGCCGGCCGGCCUCUCAACAGAACACAGUAUUAGCCACACACAUUUACGCCCAGUUGUUGUAUCAAGAUAUUUAUUUUGUCAAUAAAAUUUAGAUCUGUAAGAAUAUUGCUGUAUAAAAUAUACGUUACACAACGCCUACUAUUUUAAGGUGCGUUAUACAUCUUAGUAUGUGUAGUUUAGGAAAGAGAAUAGGAGAGUUAGAAGUUCAAUACUUAACUGAAACUUAUAUUUUGAUUGUUACGAGCGAGGUGAAAUGUUUGGUAAAAUUUUAUUUUUCUAGACAACAAAUCACAACGGAAGUCCAAAGUAGCAUUUACUUUUACAAAUUGUAUUUCUGGUUUUAGGAUUUACACUUGAUUGCCAAAGAUUGAAAUGUUUCUGUCUCCCCAGCGCUCUCUUCUAUCGGUGUUACGUUACUGUAUAUAUAUUCUAUUAGAUUGUUAUUACAUAUUUACUUAUGUAGAUGAAGAAUGGAAGUGUUUUAUAUUGUUGCAGGCUUAAGAAUGUGUACAGAACUGUUUUGCUAUGUUGUUUAUCAAUAAAACCGUAGAAAACCAUUAA